GCUGAAGCUGACGAGCUUGAAGCGGUGCAUUUUGUAGGCGUCCACCAGCCAGCCGGCGUCCGGAUUGUCCUGGUUGUUAAUCGAGUCCGGCUCCAUGGGAUACUCGCGGACGCCUUUGCAGUCCAGCUCCUUGCAGAACGACAUGCCUACCCUUCGAAUCCUGGGGCUCAUCCUCCUAGUGCCUGGACUGGCUUGGGCGUCGUACGAUCACUACCGCUUGCCCUCCGCCCUGGAGCCCCAGCACUAUGACCUGCGCGUCCUGACCCACCUGGAUGGCGGGCAGCCACGGUUCGAGGGAUCCGUCAACAUUCGCCUACUGGCCCGCGAGGCCACAUCGAACAUCACACUGCACGCCAGGAACCUGAACCUGAUUGAGAACCGCACAUCGGUGACCUCCAGGGAGGAAACUAACUGCGUGGUCUCAACCGAGAAGGUCGACCUAUACGACUUCUAUACCCUGAAACUGUGUAGGGAGCUGCGGGCUGGGGAGGUCUACCAGUUGGAGAUGCACUUCGGGGCGGAGCUGAACGACUCGAACGCGGGCUACUACCGAAGCAACUACACUGAUACCGACACCAAGGAACUGCACCACAUAGCGGCCACCCAGUUCUCGCCGACCUUCGCCCGCCAGGCGUUUCCCUGCUUUGAUGAGCCCUCCUGGAAGGCUACCUUUGCCAUAACCCUGGGCUUCCACAAGAACUACACUGGCUUCAGCAACACGCCAGUUCAAAAGAAACUGCCUCACGACAGCCUGGAGGACUAUGUUUGGUGGGAGUACGAGCCCCUACUGAGAACCUCCACCUUCUUGGUGGCCUACUCCGUCCACGAUCUAACAAAUGCAUCCACUGUGGAGAGCAAAACAUCAAACAGGGUGACAUUUAGGAACUGGAUGCAGCCCAGGCUCGUGGAUCAGAAGCAGUUCUUCAUCCAAAUGGCGCCCAGAACGCUGGAGUACCUGGAGGAGCUCUUCAACCUGAGCUACCCCUUGAGGAAAAUCGACCAACUCAUACUGCCCCACCACCGCUUCUCUGCUAUGGAGAACUGGGGCCUGGUGACCUUCUCCGAACCAAUCCACAUCCCAGUUGCUGCUUCGGUUGUGACUCAGAAUGAGAAUGAAGCGACAUUGGCGCACGAGUACGUCCAUCAGUGGUUUGGCAACAUGGUCACCAUGAGGUGGUGGGAUGAUCUCUGGCUGAAAGAAGGUCCCUCCACGUACUUCGGCUACUUGGUUCUGGAUGCCUUGCAGCCCCAGUUGAGGCGGGCAGAAGGGUUUAUACAAAAGGACUUGGCCAAGUUCUUCAAAAUGGACUCGGGCUCCUCCGUGCCAGCCAUAUCCAAAGAAGUUACAGAUCCCAACACAAUACUUGGCCAGUUCUCGACCUAUGUCUACGAAAAAGGAUCGCUCAUCGUUCGGAUGCUCCACAGGACACUUGGAUCUGACGUCUUCUUCAGUGGCAUUCGGUCGUUUUUGAAAAAGUAUAAUUUGCAGAACGCGGAUCAGAAGGAAUUCUUUGAAGCUUUUCAGGAGCUGGCUGUGAGCAAGAAGGUUAUUCCAGAGGACUUUGACCUGAACAAAGCAAUGGAGUCCUGGACCUUGCAAGGUGGCUAUCCACUGGUAACGCUUACUCGGAACUACGAGUCCGGCACGAUAAGCCUCAUCCAGUCCAGAUUCCUUCUUGGCCCCGGAAAGGAGAAUAUCUCAUCGUGUUGGUGGGUGCCCCUGAGUUUCGUUAGGCAGGAGGCUUCGAACUUUAGCCAGACCAUUCCCGAAUCGUGGCUGGAGUGUCCCAGUUCUGAAUCAGUCUUACAGUUGUCCGACCCUCCAGGCCCCGAUGAGUGGCUGAUUCUAAAUCCCCAGGUUAGCUCUAUAUUCCGGGUCAACUACGACGAUCGCAACUGGCUUUUGAUAGCCAACAGCCUUAAAAAUGAUCCAAGCUUUGGGGGAAUCUACGAGUUUAACAGAGCCCAACUGCUGGACGACGUCAGCGCCCUGGCAGAAGCUAGAAUACGUGGAUAUGAUCAGGUGUUCGACCUAUUCGAGUACCUAAAGAACGAAACCGGCUACCAUCCCUGGAACAGAGCCGUUCAAGUCCUAAAUCGGCGGGGAGCCUUGUUGACUGGUCAGGAGGAGGUGGAUUUUAAGACCUACAUGAAGAAGCUCAUCCUUAUGGUUUACGGACGCUUCCCAAAGCUGGCGUUGGCUUCAACGCAACCCCCAUCUCCAAAGGAUGUUCCCUUCCAGCGUUUGGUGUACUCCCAGGCCUGUCGCUUUGGAGUGAAGGACUGCCUCUUCCAGGCCAGGUGGCUGACAAUGUCCCAUCGCAACGGAACUCAGCUGGAAGUGUCCUCCAAUUUCCGGGAUGUGGCCUACUGCUCCGUGCUGGAAAACGGUGGCCAGGAGGAGUUCUCCGAAGUGUUCCAGCUCUUCCAAAGCUCAACCAAUGCAGCUGACCAGAGGAUCUGGGCAUCUGCCCUGGGAUGCUGCCCCAACUUUGAGCUCUUGGAGCAGUUCCUCAAUCUUACCCUGCAAUCGAACGAGAAACCCAUCAGCAAAUGCUACAUGUUGGCCGUGAAGCAGGCCCUGGGACGGAGGACAUUGACUUCCCAGACGGCGGAACAUAUCAUCAGCCAUGCCAAGUUGCUUGGCCGAAAAUUCCAGACGAAGGAUCUCACCGGUCUCCUGGUCAGUUUGGCGGAGAACCUUCAGAGGCCCGAGGCGUUGGAGGAGCUAAGUGCGAGCUUGAAAAACUUCAAGGAGUUUGAGGUGCCUCUGGAGAAGGCCCUCAGCCUGGCCAAGACAAACCAGCAGUGGCAAAAGGAGUGCUCCGGGGACUUCAGUCAGGCCCUAAGAAAACGUAUCUAAGAGGUCUACACUCUAUAAGCUAGUUUAUAAUUUUAAAUGAUUUUUAUUAAAAAGAGUGUUUCUAGUAACAAUUGAA